AGUGGGCGGAAUGUCACGCGGCGGCAGCGGCGCCGGCAAAACUGCCACCGCGAAGCGAGUGCCGCCGCCCGCCGUGCCUGGCGACGCGUUUGGCACGCCCCAACACAGGCACUCGGGCUCCAGCUUCGGCUCGCAGGGCUACGCCUCGUGCGAGGAACAGCCGUACCCGCAGCCGCCAGACACACCAUCGCACACUAGAGAUGACCACUCAGACUAUGGCAGCACUGUGUCAGGGGUAUCAGGAGUCAGCGGUGCCAGUAGCAGUCUGGGCAAAAGUCCAGCUGGCGGUGGCACCUUUACAUUCCCACCACCGUCGCAGCCGCUCACGCACAAGGCUGCAGUCUACUACCACCACCAGCUAGCACUCAGCGAUGAUCAGGGCAUCGAUAUGACCCAGAGCCCAGGUCGCGACAGUCCCGGUUCAUCAUCAGGGUCGGCGGGCUCAGGGUCGGGCUCGCGGCACUCGUCCGCGUCGCUGGACAGCGGGCGCGCGUCGGGCCGCGUACCGCACCACCACCACGCCGCCUGCCACUGCGGCGACACCGCCGACCGGGUGCGGGCGAUGAUCACGCAAGGACUGCCGGACCCUGAUAUAAUCCACGCGUGGCUAGCAGAUCUCCAGAUGGAAGAAUACGCGCGUUUGUUCGUGGAGGCGGGCUACGACCUGCCCACUGUCACGCGCAUGACGCCCGAGGACCUCACCGCCGUCGGCAUCAAGAAGCCAAACCACCGCAAACGAUUGAAAGCAGAACUGGCCAAUCUGAACGUGCCUGACAACCUGCCGGAUUAUAUACCGGGUUCACUAGAGGAAUGGCUACGGCUACUGAGGCUGGAGGAAUACGGACCGGCGCUCGUAGCUCAGGGGUAUCGCACUGUACAUGACGUCACACAAUUAGCGUGGGAGGAUUUAGAAGAUAUGGGAAUCGUUCGGCUGGGCCAUCAAAAGAAAAUAUUGCUUGCUAUAAAGAGAGUAAAAGACAUUAGAGCAGGAAAGAGAAGUAUCAGCAAUCAGGGGUCAUUGGACUUCACGAGAAUACAACCGGGACAGGAUUUAUAUCCGAGGGAGCAUUACCAGCAUUGGGAGAGGCACGCGAGGAGUUACCAUAAGCCCCCCGACCUAAACUUUGACGCGCUCUCGGCGAACCUUUGUACCACUGAUUUGGUUCCUAUACAGAUACGCCAUCCGCGCGGCAAGUCCCUAGAAAGUCUCGAAGAUCCCUCAGAAAGGUCUUCGCAUACUACUUUUUCCCCCGAAGCGGGUUUCUACUACGGCGGUGGUCAAUGGAGAAGAUCCUACGACGAUGGAGACAUAACGCCUACAAACGACAGUUCUUACGAGGGGGGUGGUACAUUGCCUCGUCCGCGGGGUUUAGUGAGACCAAGACCAGUAGCUAAGAUUACCGCUACGCCCGCGUAUAGGGAUAAGUCGCCGGAUUACGCUUACGAUGAGAUCGCGUACUCGGCGAGAUUGCAACGCGUCGCUUACGGCGCUAGUCCUCACGUGGCUAGAAAACCUCCUCCAGAACCGCCUAAAAGGCAAAGUUCACAAUAUGCCCCUUUCACCCGCUUCGGACAGACGACAGUGGAGAUUCACCCAGAGAAGAGUUUGCCUUUGAGUUUACCGGCGUAUCCCAGUUCGGAUUCUCUGUCAGUUUCUUUGGACAGUACGGGGUUGCUACCACCUCCCCCGGCGCCGAAUUCCCCGCCCAGGAGGUACGACGAGGAUAAACUGAGGACCGGAUCCGAUGCCAGUUUUAAGUCGAGUUCGAGCACCGAAUCCGACAGCAUACCGUUCGCAAACGAGAACGCCGGCACGAUAAAGCAGAACCGCAGUCAGAUAGGCGGCCGACCCCACACUGGCGACUACGGCCGAGCACCCCCCCACCCCCUGUCACAUCCCCGAGCGGAUAUGAAACCCCCCACCCCUUCCCCGGCUUCGACCCAUCACCAUGACAACUCAGAUAAAAGCACGGAACCAGUAGAUGUCCUCAACGAUAUAGGCAAUAUGCUAGCCAACCUCACAGAUGAAUUGGACGCGAUGCUAGAGGAGGAGAAACGACAGGGACUCGCCGAUUCCUAA